CACAACGCGGUGCCAACUGUUCAGCGAAGCAGCGAAGGGGUUAAUGUAAUCCCGAGCUGGGAAUGGGCGGAGAUUCCAGCUGGGACACAAACCGGACUAACCGAAAAGGCACCACUCAAAUCUGGAGAAGAAAAUCUGUUGGAGUUGUUUGCAUUAAUUGAAUCCUUUUUGUUUCCUCUCCCCGCUUCACCUUUUGCACAGAUUUCGACCGAAUCGGACCGAGAAGUGAAAUGAAAUCGAUGGAGAAGUUUUGGAGUCGCUGUCAGCUAUGGGUGAACUAGUCAAGACGUGGAAGGCUGGUGGGUCCAAACGGAGAAACUCGAGAAGCGGAUCAACAGGACACACACCGCUCGCGUUGUGCACACUUUAAAACAAUGGAAGAGUCUCCCUGCCUCUCCACGGACCCUUCGUUAUGAGCCGAGGACACGCGCUUCAGUGGAGCUGAGAUGGUCUAAAGCACACGUUACUGCUUCAACGGGACUUAAUCCAAAUGAGAGGUCUGAUGGUAAAGUAAUUAACCGGUGUCAGCUGCGAAUAGACAUAGAAAUCUGGUGUUUCACACAGCGCGGAUACAAACACGCCGAGUGACACCAUGUGGAGCCCGGGGACGCUGAUGUGGCGCGCGGCUGUGUGCUGCGUGCUGCUGGAGACGGUUCUGCACACUGCGAGAGGUCUCAACAUGUGUAUGAGUGGCAGCGCUACGUCCUGUGAAGAGUGCCUGCUGAUUCACCCCAGUUGCGCCUGGUGCGCACAAAAGGAGUUUGGGACGGGGCGGACUCUGACGUCACGGUGCGAUUUUACUCCAAGCCUGCAGAAGAGGGGCUGCGACGUGCAGUUCAUCGAGUACCCCACCAGCAGCAUCUCUGUCCUGCACAACAUGCCUCUGAGUUCUAAAGGGUCCGGGUCGACCCAGUACGACGUGGUGCAGAUUAUGCCUCAGAAGAUCUCUCUCAGCCUGCGGCCAGGAGACCAGACGUGGUUUGGGCUGCAGGUGCGGCAGGUGGAGGACUACCCAGUGGAUCUCUACUACCUGAUGGACCUCUCUCUUUCCAUGAAAGACGAUCUGGACACCAUCCGUAACUUGGGCACCAAGCUGGCCCUGGAGAUGGGCAAGCUCACCAGCAACUUCCGGCUGGGCUUUGGCUCCUUUGUGGAUAAAAACAUGUCCCCCUUCUCCUACACAGCACCCAAGUAUCAGAUGAACCCUUGCAAUGGAUACAAACUGUUCCCCAACUGUGUCCCCACCUUCGGUUUCCGCCACAUCGUCUCCCUGACGGAUAAAGUGGACCGUUUCAACAAGGAGGUGCAGAAGCAGAUGGUAUCUCGCAACCGGGACGCACCAGAGGGAGGGUUUGACGCCAUCCUGCAGGCUGCUGUUUGUAAGGAGGAGAUCGGGUGGAGGAAGGAGGCCUACCACCUGCUGGUGUUCGCCACAGACGACGUGCCUCACCUGGCUCUGGACGGCCGGCUGGGAGGCCUCGUCCAGCCGCACGACGGGAGGUGUCACCUCAACGAUAACAACGAGUACAGCGCCUCCACCAAGAUGGACUAUCCCUCUCUCGCUCUUCUGGGGGAGAAACUGGCAGAAAAUAACAUCUUCCUCAUCUUCGCAGUGACGAAGCGGCUCUACGUUAUUUACAAGAACUUUACUGCCCUCAUACCUGGAACUACAGUCGAGAUCCUGGACCAGGACUCUAAGAAUGUGAUUCAGCUGAUCAUCGCGGCUUACAAUAACAUCCGCUCUAAGGUGGAGCUGUCCGUGUGGGAUCACCCAGAGGACAUCAGCCUGUCCUUCACCGCUACCUGCCAGGACGGAAUGCCGCUGCCAGGCCUCCAGAAGUGUGCCGACUUGAAGAUAGGAGACACGGUAUCGUUCAACGUGAGCGUGGAGGCGAGGAGCUGCCCACCCCGCGGCACCGACCGGAGCUUCACCAUCAAGCCGGUGGGGUUCAAAGACCGCCUGGAGGUGUCUGUGGACUAUCAGUGUGACUGCGGCUGCAGCCGCACGGCACAGCCCAACAGCAGCUACUGCAGCUCCAUAGGUACUUAUAACUGUGGGACUUGUGACUGUGAGCCGGGCUACCUGGGCGCCCGCUGCGGGUGCCAGGAGGGCGAGGCCAGCAGCAUGUACAUCAGCGCCUGCCGGGAAGCCGACGGCAAGCAGAUCUGCAGCGGGCGAGGAGAGUGCAGCUGCAACCAGUGUCUCUGCUACGAGUCGGAGUUCGGCAAGAUUUACGGCAGCUACUGCGAGUGUGACGACUUCUCGUGCGCCCGACACAAAGGCAUCCUCUGCUCAGGUCACGGGGAAUGUCACUGCGGAGAGUGUAAGUGCCACGCCGGUUACAUCGGCGACAACUGUAACUGCUCCACAGAGACGUCGUCCUGCAUCGCAGACGACGGGCAGAUGUGCAGCGGGCGAGGAAACUGCGUGUGCGGCCGCUGUCAGUGCACCGAGCCGGGGGCCUUCGGGGAUACCUGUGAGAAAUGCCCCACCUGCCCCGACGCCUGUGGCACUAAACGGGAGUGUAUUGAGUGUCGGCUCUUCAACUCAGGACGGCUUGCAGACAACGAGACCUGCCAGCGCCUGUGCAAGGAUGAAAUCAUCACUGUGGAGACCCUCAAAACGGAGGACCCCGGCGCCGUGCUUUGUCUGUACAAGACAGACAACGACUGUGUCAUGAAGUUCACGUAUUCUGAGCACGCCAGCGGACUCUCCAUCCUCACAGCUCUGAAAGAGCCAGAGUGCGGUGCUGGGCCGGACGCUCUGAUGGUGCUGCUCGCGGUGGUCGGCAGCAUCCUGCUGGUGGGCGUGGUGCUGCUCGCUGUCUGGAAGUUGGCAAUCACCGUCCAUGACCGGAGAGAGUUCGCACACUUCCAGAGCGCACGCUCACGAGCCAGAUACGAGAUGGCCUCCAACCCUCUGUACAUGCAGCCGGUGUCUACUCACUUCGUGGAAACAGAUUUCAACAUGUAUGGGAAGUCCUACAACGGAGCGGUCCACUGAUCCCUCUGCACGGGGCGCGGCAGGACCGGUCCGACAAACAGGUCCCUGGAGGAUGGGGGCCCGAGGUGGACGGAGGACUGAACACACGACUCGCACCUUGACAGCUGAAGUGAAAUGAACUGUAUGUGUCCGACGGGGGAAAUCUGUGGCCUUUUUCUUUUUUUAUCUUUACGCAGGAGAUUCCCCGACAGACGAUGGAGGAGCAACACAAACAUGAACUUCCUGGUCUUUUAGAGAGAGAGAGAGAGAGAGAGAGAGAGAGAGAGAGAGAGUAGAGUAGAGUUAGGGUGAGUUUGUCUGCAGUUACACAAAAUAAACUCAUGAAAACAUGACUCCAACCACGUAACGCCACCACUCAAUCUUUGCACAGAGCAGGCAGGACAUUGGCUUAUAUUUCUAUAUUUUUAUAAACAUUAAAAAUGCCUUCUUUUUUUUUGUAUAAACUUUGCACCCAACAGGACUCUGAAUAAAUUUCACUCCUCAUCAGAUAUUUUCAAAUUCACAGGAUGAUUAAAAAAGCACAUAUUUGUGAAGGUGGUUAUGACGACGUUGUGGUACUACUAACAUUUACUAAGCAAUAGACUUCUUACCCUCAUUUUGCACAGAGAAUAUUAAGAGUCAAGUCUCGUAAAGAUUUACAUUUUCUUUGAUGAUGUGUGUGCGCGCGUGUGUGUGUGUUAUUGUAAACUCCAAUUGCACUCCCCCCCCCCCCCAGCCUCUGAACCCUUAAAGGUUAAUGCUGCUGUUCCUCUAGAACCAAUCCCACGAAAAGACCAGAACCAACAAUGUGCUCGUCUCUUAAUAUUUAACACAGAAAUCUUUUCUAAAAGCAUCUGGACACUUUAUUUACAGUAAAGCUGAAACGAUUGUUAGUUCUGUUUAAUAAAAAAUUAUAUUUUAUUGUGUUAAUCAUUUAAGGUUUUUGCUUUUUGUCUCUUUUCUCAAAAAAGGCCAGCUUCAGCAGUCCGCUCCGGUCAUUUGUUUUAUAUUAAAUGAAAUAUCUUUGGGAUUUAAGAAGUCGGUCGGUCAUCUUGGGCAUUAUGAAACUGUGACUGGCUUUAAAGAAAUCAAAAUAAAAUCUGUUUUCAGACAUUUUGUUGACGAUUAAUCAAGACGAUCAUCUUUAACGAGAAUAAUCGCUGUAACGUUGCAACCUUGUGGCUCGUCGUUGCUUCGUUUCAUGGCCCAGAGACGUGAGAUUAUCUGGUUUUGAGUACACAGAUUUAGAUUCUCAGAUUAUUGUUGGUUUUGAUCGUUUGGUUGGAUUUAUCACCAGCCUCCGAACCCUGAAGCCCACGUUCAAUACUGAACGUGCAGCCCUGUGGCCAAACCUUCUCAUACGAUGAUAAAGUAGAUGCAGAGUGCAUCGCUGAGAUAACUUGGACGACAGACACACGCAGGACUCUGAGUUCAUGUGGGUUUGGGAAUACAGUGUGACUGUGUGCUCCCCGGCUGCACUGGGAGUGGGUCGACAUUCUUUGAAAAAAACCACAAAGUAGAAAGUCCAGAGUCAUAAAUCCACCGUGUCCCACAGGAGGAGUGAGAGACGGGGAAACGUUAGCGAGAGAGAGAGAGAGGGAGAGAGAGAGAGGGAGAGAGAGAAGGGUGCUCUGUGGCGGUCUUGCAGUAAAAGUGUCAGGGACUUGGAGUUUGUAUGUGUGAGAGUGAGUGUAUGUAAAUAAUAUAACAUGUAUGUACAUACGGUGCCAAAUGGAAUGUUUUCAGUCUUGACUUUGACCGUGUGACUCGGCACAGUUUACUAAAACACCUUUUACAGCUCAAACAUAAAGUCUUCCUGUACAGUCAUGAACAUUUCCACAUGGAUGAGCAUCACAUCAAUACAUCCUGUAAUACUGCACACAGAGACAGAACAAUAAAUGUGCUUAUGUCCAAAA